AUGAGUGAUUUGGUAAUAGAAUCCCAAUCGCCAUCUUCAUAUGGAAUAGCACCACCGAUAAGUGAUGAAGCUAUGGAUGCUAAACGAAAAGCAUUAGAAAUUCUUGUGGCCAAAUCAGAACAUGAUCGAAUACCAGUACCAAACCAUCUUUUACAAUCAAAACUUUUUGUUAAAUUAAAACGUAAUAAAUUGGUUGAAGUAACGCCACAUGAAAUACAUUUUGAUGGUUUUGAAGUAAAUCAAAUUCAAACACGUGAAUUACAUAUAUUAAAUCGUUCAUCAGAAGUUUUACGUGUUGAUAUUAUUCCACCACAAACAUCAGUUUUUCAAAUUGAUUAUAAAAAACCUCAACGUCUUGUACCAGGUUUUUCUAUUCAUGUUAAAAUUAUAUUUAAACCAAAACAAUGGCAAUAUUAUCAUGAUGCUAUACGUAUACAUACACCAGAACGUGAUCAUCAUUUAAUAAUACCAAUACAUGCUUAUCCAAUUAUAUUAUUAGAUGGUAUUCUACCAAAUUCAUAUCAAUUUGCAAAUACACCCAUUGGACAAGUUGUAACUAAAACAUUUUCAUUUCAAUCAUCAGCACCUAUAGAAUUUCAAUAUCGUAUUGAAAUUCUUAGUCAAGAUCCAGCUUUAACUAUUGAACCUAUGGAAGGUACAAUUAAUCAAUUAAAUGUUACAAAUAUAACUGUAACAUAUGCACCAACAGCAUUUUGUACAUCACGUUUAUCUGUUGCUAUUAUUGUAUCACAAUUUCAUAUACAACCAUUUCUUUGCACAUUUAUUGGAAAAUGUUUACCGGGUCUUGCAAGAGAAUUAGCUAAAAAAACUUUAGGUAUGAGUGGUCAAUUUUCAACAGAUAAUAUUAAUUUAGUAAUAAAAAAGUCUUCAUCAACUAUCUUACCAAUACCAUUAACAACAACAAAACAAAAACUAAUUAAACAACAAAUAGCAGAAUCUACUAUUGAUAAUGAAUUUGAACGAGAUGGUCUUCGUAUACCGAAAAAAAUUGAUUCAACAUGGGCUGUAUCGAAAGUACUUUUACAAAAAAAAGGAAAAGUUGCUUUAAAAGAUUUAAGAAGAUUAAAUGAAUUAACAUCGGAUAAUCAACGUGGACUUAAUCGACAAAAAAAAGAAACAAUUUUUUUACAAGAUGUUAGUCGUAUUGAAGAUGAAGAACAACGUAAUAAAAUUCGUUGGCAAACAAAACUUGGUUUUGAUCCAUUAUCUCAAACCGAACGUGAAAAUAUUCUUGCUAGUAGACAAAUAUCUUGGGAUGAAUAUUCAAUUCGUAUUGGUCAUCCAAUACCUGAUGAUGAAUAUAUUCGAGAUACAGUUAAAUAUUCUGAACAACGUACUAUUCGAUCACUUGAUAUGAAAAUUCGUACUGAUGCUAAAUUUGAUCUUCAUACAAAUGAUCUUUGGCUUAAUCGUUUACAAGUUCUUGAUCGUUUUGCUCAAGCAGCUAGAAAAGUCAUUGUUAAACAACGACUUUCUCGUCAUCUUAAAGCUAUUAAAACAUUUGUUAAAAGUUUUAAAGAAAAUAAAACUAAUAAGGAUAUUUAUCUAUUUGGAUAUGAAUAUCUUAAAACUCUACGUGGUGAAACAUUAGAAACAGAUGGUCAUUUAUUAAUUAUUCGAAAUAGUUCUAUUGGUACAUUGCAUUUACCAAGAAGUGAUGAAGAUGAACAAGAUAAUUCAAAUAAUAUUGAAGCUAUUAAUUCUGUUAGUGCACCACAAAUAACUUUUAAACAUCGUUAUGUAUUACCUGUAAUGCCAUUAACAGUACCCAAACAAUAUAAAUUACUUAAUUAUCAAACAAUUGAUUCAUCAUAUAUUCGAUAUGAUUAUACAACAUAUAAACUUGCUAGAUCAUUACGUAUUGGAGCUGAAGAUGAAUUAAUUAAAUUAGAUGAAACAUCAAUUGAUCGAACAUUAAUAAGUUCUAUACAAACAUCUGAAAAACCAAUGAUAAUUAGUCCAACAAUUCCAUCAUCUCUUCUUAAAGCACCUAUUUAUCAUCCUCUUACUGUUUUUAAUCCAACACCAGGAGUAAUGACAUAUGAAACUCCACUGCCAUAUUCAGCUAUUGAUGUAGAUAAUGCUAUUUGUCCUAUACCAUUACUUGAACGACCUGGAUAUUCAUUAACAAAUCGAUAUCUUGAUCGAGAAGAUAUUAUUCAAGGAACAAUGAUAUGGAAAAAUAUGAGUAGUACAGGUCUUUCUGCUCUUGCUCAAGUACCUACUAUGUCAAAUGUUUGGCUUCCAAGAUGGAAUGAUCCAUUUUCUGAAGAUAUUUUACCAACAAAUUUACCAUUACUUCUCAAUGAAAUGCCUCCAUCUGAUCGUAGUCAACUUUUAGAUAAUGAAAUGAAUGAAGAAACAAAACUUAUUCUUACACCAGAAAUGAUUCGUGCUGAAUUUCUUGAAACACAUUUUGAAACAACAUUAAAUGCAAAACAAGAUGCUAUGUUUAAGAGAAAAAAAACGGCGGUAUCUUCAUUAAAUGUAUUUCCUUAUGGUGAUAAAUUACUGGAACCGAACGCAUUACUUUCAAUAUAUGGUCGAGAAUCUCGAGCACGGCGGGAACAAGAACUUGAUUAUUUUCAACGAAAAAAAUUUGGUCAACUGAGUGACAAAGUGAAUAAACGUAUGGAAAAAUAUCAUGCUACAUCACGGAUUGAUCUAUCAUUAUUAUCUGAUCAACAACAGCAAACACAGCCACAACCACAACAACAACAAACGAUAUUAAUCGAGCCAUCUCAAUAA